UCCUAUCUAUUGCUGCAGCAGUUAGGCUUUCUGAUUCACCUUUUGCCAGGUAAAAAGUUAGCCAACUUACUAUAUGGCUUAUGAGAUUGGGAAUUUUCUUGAAAAUGGUAGCAAUUGUCAUUGUCUUAGGAGAUCUUAUUUAGUCAUUAUAGCUUUGUACAAAAUUUCCAUAUUUCUUGUCAUUUUCCUCUUCUAUGGACCAGGUGCAGAUUCCAUAUGGAUGGAAAUUUAAACAUUAAAGUGUCAAUACAAGUCUGGUUUAGCAAGUCCUAGUAAUAAAUUAUCAGUUGAUUUGUACUUUCAUGAAUAAAGGAGCUUCAAAAUGAUUGCACUCCAAAUCUGGUUAGUCUCACAUAUUGUAGUUCUAAUGAUUCAUGUGUUUGACCAUUUUCUCUUGAAUCCAGUUUUAAAUAAUCUCAGUUAUCUUCAGAUUGUUCUUGUCUGAGUAUGUACAUUAUAAACAAGGCACUAACUUUAUAACAUGAUUUGGAUUAGCUAGAGGCGGAGGCGGAAAGUUACAGAGUGCUUUCUUUGCUUCCUACUGCAUUCUUUGCAACUGUUUUCUGGAUAUGACUACUAAGAAUUUAUUAAAUGAUUAGUAUCAUUUGGCCUGUUGACUGUAUCAUUUCCUUCAAUCUACUUUAUUUGAAUUUGUGCUACAAUUAUCUUUUUUAACGCGUUCGCAAGAAUUUGCAUCCAAUUUCACUUGCAUAUAUAGAAUAUGUACUUUCUGUUGACAGAUUUCCCAAGUCAUAUCUACCAGACAGAAGUAGAUGUUUGCUUCACAGCUUUUGAGAAUACUUCAGACUCUACCAACUGAUGCAGACCACGGAGGCUGCAUCCUUGACACACCUGAUGAAAAGGCUAUCAUGAAGGACAACCAGAACGGGGGCUUAAGUCGCUCAAAUCUCUACAAGGAAGCAAAUUCUUUAGCCUUUCCAACAGAAGACUUUCUUGAUUCAAAUGGAUAUGGCAGUCGUAAAGAAACAUUGGCAUGUGACACAAAAGAUAGGGAUAACUUAUGGAAGGUUUCAGAACUUUAUGAAUCUGUAUUUUUCGACGAUAUUUCCAGAAGCAACAACGAUAAAACUAGAGCUUCAACUGUGGAGAAUGAUUUGAAUGAAGCCUUGCCCAACACAAUCACUUCCAGGAGAUACGGAAAUCCGUUUGCAUAUGAUACAAAAGAUAGAGAUCGACAAUGGAACACUCCAGAAUUUGAGUGCUCAGCGAUUUGUGAUUUCCUUGAUGAGAAAGAAAAUGGAUCUGUUGUCUCUGAUGCUCCAUUUAUUGAGACAGACACAAAGUUAUAUAGCGAGAAGCGUAUUAAGGAAUAUGAGUUGCCUGAAUUGAUUGUUUGCUAUAAAGAAAGUAACUAUAACAUUGUUAAAGACAUAUGCGUGGACAUGAGCGUACCUGUGGCGGAUAAAAUUCUAACUGAAAGUUGGAACAAUUCUCAACCAGGCAGAUAUGUUUCUAUACCGGCUGAUGAAGUCCAGCACAGCUGUAUCUAUACCGGUGUCAACCCAAAAUUGGAAUUUGGGUUGACACCCAAAAGCGAGAGGUGGGCGGUGGCUGUAUCUAUAAGGAUUGGGACAUCAUAUAUAUGGCGAACAAGUUGUCACUGCUGCUUUGAAUGA